UUCCUUUUCUCUCUCAACUCUCUGUUUUGUGCAUCCUUAUUUUCCUGCAACAAAAAUGGGGGCUCUCGAUUAUAUUUCAAACUUUUGCACUGUAUCCGAUGGAAGGAGCAAACGCAAGCCAAUGCAGAAUUGCACAGACAGUUGAAAUCAAGGUUAAAAUGGACUGUGACGGGUGUGAAAGAAGAGUCAGAAAAGCUGUUACCAACAUGAAAGGUGUAAAAAGUGUCGAAGUGGUCCGGAAACAGAGCCGGGUAACGGUGACCGGAAACUUGGAUCCGAACUGGGUGUUGAAGAGGGUGAAGAGCACGGGGAAGAGGGCGGAGUUCUGGCCUUAUAUACCACAGCAUGUGGCCUUGUAUCCGUACGCAACGGGGGCGUAUGACAAAAGGGCACCGGCGGGAUAUAUAAGGAACGUGGUGCAAGCUUAUCCGGCUCCUUCUUCCAACGCCCCCGAAGAGAAGUUCGCUUCCUUCUUUAGCGAUGACAACGUUCAUGCAUGCUCUAUCAUGUAGAGCUGUUCAUGCAGGGUGGGUUUUUUACCACCAUCUGCUGUUUAUACUUUUAACGGUUUCGGUACAACUGUUCAUUGACAAAUAUAUAUAGAAAGAGACUUCAAUUCA